AUGUUGGCGGUUCUCUCUGCCAUGGGAGUUAACACAGUGUUUGUUACUAUUGCUCACAUCCCGCCCAGGAACUUUGAUCACGUGAAACUGAAGGACACUCCUGAGACAGAUCAGGUCAACAAAGAGGACAGUCACUGUGUGGCCCAGGGUGUGUUGAUGAUGUCACCACCACCAGGACAUAUAAUCUGUUACCUGAACCAGAAACCCUGGCUGAAUACUGAGGUGAGAACUCUGCUGGGAGCUGGGGAUGCUGUGUUCAGGGCAGGGGAGGCAUUAGCACUCAGGGAGGCAAGGGAAGGACUGACUGCAGGUAAGGGAGGGCCAAAGCCGCACACACCCAGGAAAUUCGGAGCCACUUUGCCACCAGCAAUCCCAUCGAGCAUGUGGAAGAGUAUCAAGUGCAGGGCAUAUUACAAUCUUUCCCACCACCUUGUACCUUUACACAUCAUGAUGCAGAGGAAGGGCCCUCCAGAUCGUGAAAGACGCACACAGACUGUUUUAGCCCCUCCUUAUAGGCAGGCGCCUGAGGAGCAUUCAGAGCAAAACCACGAGGCUCAGAAACAAGUGACUGAGCACAUAGCUUUUGUCAAGCCCAUAUCAACCUUCUCCUCCAGCCAUGAUUCCCACUUUAUGUCUUGCCUGGUCCCUGUUGCUUCUCCUGGCUCCUAUCAUAAUUGCUGUAAUUCAAAAUGUCCAGACACUUACCUGACCAACCACAUUGCCAUGGAGACUGUAAUUAUGUACACCAUGAUGUGA